ACAUGAAACCUAAAAUAAGACCUAACCCAUGUUUCUUUUUGAAUAAUGUGGGUCAUACUGCCCUCUUCUGUUGGAGAGGCAGACUUCAUCUAAAUUACUUUAACAUUCACUCACUGCCACAUUAUGUAAUAUAAAGAUACACUGGUGAACCUUCAGUUAUUGUAAAUAACUACAGGCUUAACCAUUUAUUAAUGCGACAGACACGCUGCAGGGACACAAAUUGUCGCUGUACAAACGAGACGUGUACCAGCUGUUAAAUCGCCAUUAACGUUGUCCUCUCAUCACUCUAUGCAACUCAAUGGAAUUAUUCUAACUCGCAUUUGUUCACCCAUUAAAAACGGGUGUGUCAUUAGCGCCAGAAAUGUGAAAUACUAUCGUAAAUAUGGUUGGCGGGAUUAUUGUAAAGCCGUUAUCGAAAACACACGGCCUGCUGUUUCUUUGUGGCGGCGGCCUGCAAACGGUCCAUUCAUAGACAGCCAAUCAGAGCGGAGCUUACUGGGACCUUCUAACCAAUAGCGGGGCUGGUUUUUGUUUGGGCCCUGUUGCCACCGCGGACAGACAGAAGCAAGUGGACCGGUUUGAAGCUAAGCUAAUUCAAUCACAUUACAGCUGGUUAAUUUUUAUUUUUUGCAUUGUUUUUUUGACUAACGCAGGCGCGUAUCUGUAAGCAAAAAAUCAAAGCUACCUGUGAAUAAUUCAUCCACUAGGCUAGGAAGCAAAACUAAGCAUUUAUUUUGGUAAAGAGUUUCUGCGCUGCUAGCUAAAUUGGCGGCGGUUAGGCGCCAGUAGUGUUUGACAACAGCGCUAUUCAGUCACGUUCCCGGUGUUGUUGUUUGUAGCUGCCGAGUGUGUGAACCAGCUAAUUUCCGUUAGCGGCAAUAAUAAAAGAAAGCAGACCUUACGAAAUUAAGAGUUAAGCAUGGCAGAAUUCCUCGAAGAUCCGUCGGUUCUCACGAAAGAUAAGCUGAAGAAUGAGCUUACAGCCAACAAUGUGCCACUUCCCAGCGGAGAGCAUAAAAAAGAAGUGUACGUGCAGCUGUAUCUGAAAAACUUAACCAUACUGAACAACAAGAAGAGUCCGCCUGCAGACACCUUCUCCAGCGACGAAGAGUUACCUGCUCCCGUGGUGUCCAACAAAAGAUCUGGAAGAAAAGCUACUAAAAAGACAGACAAGCCCAGCACAGAGGAAGUGGAGGUGACAGAUCUCACUGAUGAAGACUUAAAACAGCAGCUGGCAAAACAUGGUGUGGAAACAGGACCCAUUGUCGCCACCACCCGUAAGUUGUAUGAGAAGAAGCUUCAGAAGCUUUUGGACCAGCCGCCCGCUGAAGCUGAAGCUCCAGAGGUCACAGUGAUCCCCAAGGCAGACAGUAACCAGAAUGGCAACACAAAUUCUGACCAGUACAGUGACAAGGAAGAUGAGGAGAUCGCGGCCCCUGAACCAGAACCAGUUCCUGUGGUCGAUAAACCUGUGAGGAGCAGAGGGAAAACUCCAGUUACCACCAGAACCAGCAGCAGACGACAAACCAACGUGGUGGAGGAGAUUAUAACUGAAGAAACCCCUAAAAAGGCCAGUGAGAGUGUUGUGGAAGAUAUCCUUGCCAAUGAAAUAAGCACACCAACAGGCAUGAGUGCGACCUGCAGGCGUCCGAUCAGAGGGGCAGCUGGACGGCCAUUAAAACAAAGUGAAUACUGGCUUGAUGAGUCACGUCUGCAGCACAGCGUCCACACUGAGACCCGCUCAUACUCUGAGUCUUUCUCCAGAGUGGGUAGUGGUUCCGUCUCUUCAAGCAAAGCGCCAGCCCGACGAGGCUUCCUGUCUCUUUUGCUCAAGCUCCUGCUCCUUGUUGUGGUGGGUGGUUCUCUCUUUUAUGCCUACCAGAACCUGGAUGCAGAUCACAUCAACACCGUCAAAGGCCUCCUGGACAACAUCAUCAUCCCCAUUCAGGGCGCCGUGAACGACGCAGCCACCUACCUGGGCAUCGGUAGCAGCAUCGGUGCCACGGAGAGCGCCGGCAAGUAAAGACCCUCAGUCUCUCGCCAUGCCCACGCCACCUCCCUGUCGCCUGCCACAGCACACCUCAACUCAAGCAGUAAACUCACUCUUUUCUUCCCUCACAUGGUUGGACAAAGGUUACAGAUGUAAUUGCAUCGAGAAACGUUCUCCUCUUUGGACUCAGAUUUCCUCUCCCGACGAGAGGACGCAGUAGCUUCUGGAUAACACUGUUACGUGGCUGUCAAAAGAGACUCAUUUUAAUGUUGAUUUUAAUCUGUGAAUUGUUUGUGUCUUUGUGUGUAUUUAACCCUUGUAUGUAGAAAGGAGUGCAGAAUGAGGAGGCCAGUUUAUCCAUGCAUGGUUGUAGUUUUUGAAGGUCAUACUGUAGUUUCUAACUCUCUGUGCCAGGUGUUUUUCUGACGGUGAAGUGCCUGGACACUGUAAGCACGUAGUGCCCUCCCAUUUUCAAACGCAAAGCAGUGCUUCUACUAAUACCAGAAUGUGACAUGUGUUUCUGUAUGAAUUUCAAAUUUUGCUCUGUAGCUAUAGAGUUAGGUAGAGUGAUUCAUUAUUUCUAUGGUGCUCAGGUCGAUUCAGCUCAAACUUUUCGAUGUGGUCUGUGCUGGGAGGAGACACAGUGUAAUCAGGUUUCAUCACUGAAUGAGGAAAAUCCGCCCAUGUUCAGGUAGAGGUAUAAACAGUUUUUUUUCAGUGGCUGAUCACGGCUUGAAUCAUUGUAUAUGAUUACCACUAAAAUGAUGAUUCUGAUCAAUCUGUAUUAUUAUGAUUUUCACAGUUAAUGCAUUGAGGAAGAUAAUUACCUUUUGCGAUCUUGUCUUUGAAUCCUCAUAAAUUUACACAAUUCCAAAUAAAAUAGCUUUUUAGUAUUGA